AUGACUGCUGGAGCUGGUGUGAACAACUCAACAGGGCAGCUCGAUAUGCAUGUGCAAACCGCAGGUAAGAUUAACAAACCGCGGAAUAAAGUACGCAGAGCGUGCAACAACUGCAGAAAGAGGAAGAUCAAGUGUACAGGGCUACAUCCCUGUGCGUCAUGCGAGGCUUAUGGAUGCCCCUGUAUCUUCAGCCCAAGGGGGAAGGGCGGUAACAUCGUGGAGAUGGCAGCUAGCAAUAAUACUAAUAAUUGUAGCAGCAGCAGCAGUAAUAGCAGUAGUAGCAGUGGCAGCGGGGCAAAUGGACAUCCGGAAGUGCUACCGACACCGUGCUCCGAUUCAGCGGUAAGCCACACGUCUGAUCACGUUGAGUCGCUCCCCAACAUAACAGCGACAAAUGACUACAGCACGAACAAGAACGGUGUCUACGAGGAUAAUUCAGAACUGGAAACGGAGUUGCUAGAGUUGGAGGCAGCGCUGAAACAGCUAGAGUCGAUACGAAACCCUUCGGACAAUAUACUAACGGCUAUUGAAAGUAUUCAAGCGCAGAUCGAUGAGGUCUCGCUGAACUGGCAACCCAAGAUUAACGGGGACUUGUUUAAACAGAUCAACCAGAACGCCAGUGUGCCCUCGGAGCAACACGCCUCUAUCGAGUCCCUCAUGUUGAAAAACAAAUACACAGACGUCGUGGCUCUCACAAAGUACGCCAUUUGGUCCAAUAAUAACCCACCGGCAAAUACAAAUUGUACAACGAGUACUACCGCAUCGGGCAAGAAUAAGACACAGUACCCUCUCAUAGACGAGUUUUUCGGUCUGUACUCAGCAUUCGAAGCAUUCUCGUUCCAUGGGAUUGGGUUCUGCUGUAAGGCGUUCCUGAAUCAGGACAAAUCAAACGUGGGGAUCACAAAGGAUAUCAAGGAAAGCUUGUACAUCACGCUGAGAUUCUUCGACAUGUGCUUCGCCCACUUCAAGGGGAAUAUCGUAUGCAUAGCGAACCCGCUAGAAAGCUACCUCCACGGUAAAAGGAUACCGAUGCCGACAACACCUUCAGCUACCACUACACCAACCACCGAAUCUCCGGGGAGCCACACAAGUGGGAAGAUCAACCAGAACACGAACACAAAACUGAUGGCGUCCGUGUUGAUCAAAAUGCUGCCGCAACCAUUUGUACAAUCCUGUACGGGGAAGGGCAACAAAGAUCUGCUGGAUAUAAUGUACGACGACUCAGCAAUGUUCACCGUGCUGUUACAAAUGUACGAGUCCCUGAAGAGAGCCACCGAACUAUUCAUGAUGGACGUCACGGACGAAUCGGUAACUGUGGAGAUCACAAACGGGCAUGUCCAUAAAUUGCUAAACUUACUCGACACAGAGCAACUCCUGAUGGCAUUGACGUACUCAUAUUAUAACUCAACAAUCAACCACUACUUCAACCCAGAGACGUCACUACAGUACAUGGACUUGCUGCUGUCUCUCAUGGCGAACCAAAGGUGGGCACAUGAUAAGUUCGGUUUCGGGAAGGUGCUCUCAGUGGCCGUGCAAAGGGCAGUGAUGAUGGGGUUGUCCCGCUGGGAGUAUUACGUUGGGAUAGACGAGUCGCUCGCGGAAAAGAAAAGGUCCAAGUGGUGGCAAUUGUACUGUUACGAGAAGGACAAAUGCAUAAACAGCGGGCUACCCUCAUCCAUCAACGACGCACUGAUGACGUGUAUGUUGCCCAAGUGUUUCAGGAAAGUAGGUUUCGUCGAUAACAAGGACUUUCUCAACAGAGUCUGCACACUGACGGAUCGCACGUGCUUCGACAAACUGUCACUGUCAGAUUUAAUAUUUUACGGGGACUGUGCCCUGGCGCAAAUAUACUCCGGGUUCGAAAGGAAGGUUCUGUUUAGGGAGGAGUUCACUUCGAUAAGAAACGCUGCUCUUCCACCGGCAAUCAAGAAACGUAGAUUCGCGCAUGUCGUGUCUCAAUUCAAUGAGACGAACAGAAAGUUUGAAGCCGUACAGCACCAUCUAUCGAAGCUAUUCGAGGUGGCAAGGGACCCCAAGAAAUUCCAAAACUUUCUCUCCAGGGACGAUAUAGUUAGGUCACUCAAAUUCUGCCUGCAAUACGAGUAUUUCCUCUCCAUAUUCCUGAGCACAGCUUCGAACAUCAGCUCACGGUUUUCCACUUUCACCUAUGACACACAAGACGUAUCGGACUUGGUGAAGAAGAACCUGCCCGCGAUCCACGCUUCGUGGAGAAGGAUGACAAACACGUUGCUGUCCUUUGGUGAUGCUUAUAGUAUGUCCAAGGGGUUUUUCCGCUACUGUGCAGUAAGUGUCGUGGUAACGAGCAAUAUUGGGUGUUUGAUGGAAACACUAACUGCGGAGGAUGUGACGAUUAUUCUGAAAGUGUUCAAAAAGAUGAGCAAAUACAGCAUUCUGACCAACAACGAGCAAUUUAACCAAGUUUCUGAAAGCUCUUUGUUCAAAGAAUAUACAAGGCACAUGUCGUUCAUCGCCAUGAUGUCCAGAAUAUUCAUUUUGAAAUAUACAAAGAGGUUCAACAUGACGGUCGAGGAAUUCACUGGACAAUUACAGGUAAAGGAGCCGCAGCUGAUUGCGUGCACAAGAGAUAUCCUGGAUACGAAGUCACAGGUCUACAAGUAUCUUUUGACGCCGGUGCAGCAAUCAGGGUUCCACAUUAGCGUCAGGAAGCUCCUCAAGGACCUUGGUGUCGUUGGACAGCAAUGUGAAGAAAAUGAGAAGGGUACGCCGAUGGCAAAGAUGAUGGACGGUUGCGGGAUGAAAAAUGAAGGCAGUGUCCUAUCUCGUUCCAAUUCCGUUUUUAGCACAUUACGGCGUAACAGCCCUGAAAGGGUGCCUCAUAUGGGACAGUCGGUAAAUCAUCCAUUCACUCCUAACUCAAAUUCUGCAAGCAAUGUCUCUGUGACCAGCAGAAACCCAAAUAUGGGGCCCCCUCCUGAUUUUAUGGAUCUCAAUGGCCCAGACAUGGAAUUUCCAGCUUAUAAUUUAGGGACGUUGGAUGAAUUUGUUAAAAAUAGCGACUUAAACGACCUCUACGAGGCGCUAUGGAGUAACUUGUACCCUGAUCAACCUUAG